AUGACUGAACCCAAGCUCCCAGUCAAACAACUGGUCAUACUUUCAAUAUGUCGAUUCGCAGAGCCCAUUGCCCUGACCUCAGUCUGGCCCUACGUCCCCGAACUCAUGGAACGAUUCGGCGUUCCUGAAAAUGAAAUUGCUCGCUGGGCCGGCCUCACCUCUGCCAUCUUUUCGAUAUGCCAGGCCUUCACAGGCUUGAUCUGGGGCGCAGCAUCUGAUCACUAUGGACGAAAGCCAAUCAUACUGCUGGGUCUGUUUAACACUAUGUGGACCAUGCUGCUUUGGGGCUUCUCCACCAAUCUGCCCAUGGCGAUGACGGCACGUGCGCUGCAAGGACUUGGCAAUGGCAAUGUUGGCAUCCUUAGGACAACAGUUGCCGAGUUGUGUCCAUGGAAGGAACUGCAGCCGAGAGCGUUCUCCGUAAUGCCACUGGUGUACACAAUUGGGGCCAUCUUCGGUCCUACGUUGGGUGGUACGCUCUCGAACCCGCUGCGAAUUGACCCACGCAAACCGAGAGGUGAUGGACUGUUGGAGAGAUUCCCCUACUGUUUGCCAAACAUCGUGGCUGCAAUCUUCUUCGCGAUUGGAAUCAUUGUGGGCUGGCUCUUCCUGCAGGAAACGCUUGAGAACAAAAGAACCCAUCAGGAUCUGGGUCUCCGGACCGGCGCAAGGCUGACGACAUCUGUGCGCAAGCUGCUCGGUAUCGGAAGGAAAGGCGAUCCUCUUGAACCGGAGCGCGAACCACUUCUAGGUCAACCGAAGACUGUGAACAGCUCGUCAACAAUAGUCGAUGCUACGGUCACCUUGACGAAGCCAGAGAAGCCCAAGAUACGAGAUGUCCUGACGUACCAGACGACGCUGAACCUAGUCGUGUACACACUUCUGGCACUCUAUUCGAUUGCGUACGAUCAGCUGAUUCCUGUUUUCCUGCACCAUCCUCCGCAAAAACUUGACGAUCCCAACGUCAGCCUACCAUUCAAGUUUGCCGGUGGCUUUGGUAUCGACUCGCGACGUAUCGGUGCUAUGUUCACGUUCUUCGCCGUAUCCUCAACACUAUUCCAGUUUCUGCUGUUCCCACCACUUGCUCGCAACUUCGGUGUGCUCAAUUGCCUUCGUAUCGCCUUCUUGAUCUACCCGAUCAUCUUCUUUGUCACGCCGUUCGUCAGUCUUAUCCCAGAUCAUACUGCGAGGCAGGUGGCCAUGGUUGCUCUGUUGGUCGUGCGCGGUCUCGCCGGAACCUUCGCUUUUCCAACUUCAACUAUCAUGCUCACCAACAGUGCUGCUAGUUUGCGGGUUCUGGGGACCAUCAAUGGUGUUGCGACCAGUGUGUCGGCUAUUGGGCGCGCUUCUGGACCAGCUAUCGGCGGUGGCUUGUUUACUUGGGGUGUCAAGCGAGGCUACAUCAUUGUACCUUUCUGGACUCUGACAGUCAUCUCUUUGAUUGCUUCGAUACCAACCUGGUGGCUUGUGGAAGGCAAGGGAUUUGGCGGCAGCGACGACUCCGAGAGUGAAGAGGAGGGUGUUGAGUCUAUCUUCGAAGACGAAGAGAACAUUACAGCACCAAAGGCGAUACCCAAAGAUAUUGCUGCACAAUCAGAGUCUGAGUUCGGUGAGCCCGGCGCUAUACUCAGCUAUACCAGCACGCGACGUUCAAGCGUAGCCAUGUCCUUGGAUGCAAGAGAAAACGAUGAUGUCGAUGACCUUGAACGAAGGCGCUCAUCUACCCAGCCGCAAGGUGUCAGGAGUCAUUCUCGCGGAAGCAAUAUCAGAAGGAGGUCAUCCAUACCAAUCGGUAUGGGUAAAGGCUUGAGAAGAUACAGUUCGAAUUUGGGUAGUACGGGUGUUGAUGCCAGUGGCACGAGUUGGGGUGGAAGGUAG